AUGGACCCAUCUCAACUUUCUCUCGACUCCUUCGUCGUCAAAAUGAAUCAGCGCCUGGAUCACCUCUACCGCCUCGGCGUGCUGAGGGUCAAAUUGCAAGCAGACGAGCAAGGCUAUCCCACAUUCGUCGCCAUGCCUGAUGCGCCUCUCGCGUUUUCGGAACCAACGAAUUAUGAUCGAAAGACUGGGGAAGAACUUAUUGUUACGGCAACCGUCGCAGAGCUCGGGGCUACUGAGUCCGUUAUUUCAAAAGAUCUCGAACUCAUGAACGAUUUUUUGGCAAAGUCGACCACGAUUGCUACGGCUCAGAAACUGGCGGAUGGUGGUCAUACCCUUACCAGGUGUCCUCAGGCUAUGGCCCGUAUCAUUAGAUAUGAGGGUGGCAUUGAGGAUAAACAGGGGUGGUGGGACAGCAUCGUCGGUGAUGUCAAAGAACGACACAACAAAAAAACCUUCAAACUGAUCAACGACUUUUCGGACGAAAUGGCCCAAGCAAGAGACGAAAAAGGGCGCGCCUAUGCCGUGGGGAAUGUGGCACGGGCAGCCGAACAUUUGAAAGAAUUCCUGAAAUGGCAACGAAAUGCUGAUUUGAUGGGGGCUAUGAAAGACGCGAUGAACGGUUUUGAGUGGUCAUCGUCACCAUCAUCAUCUGGUGACCAGUCAAUGCGCUCGUCACCAGAAAGGUAA